AUGCUCAGUCAUGUCUUGGAGCAAGUUGCAGCUGGGAAAGUUUUACUAAAAGCCGGGCACGAAGUUCACCUCAUUCUCGACUCCAGGUUUGAUCCGAGUUUAGUUAAAAAGUUUCAAAAUGAUGGGUUUCGUCUGCAUUUCUUCAAAGCGCCGACAUCUUUUGUGACAUUUUCAUCCGAAGAGUAUAAAAAGCAUCUCGGAGAUCAAAUCUUUAAUGCAAAUGUCGACUUUUAUACCCACCUGGCAAUCGUGGGCGAGCAAGUGAACGAGGAGUGCGGUUACAUGCUAGAAGACAAGAAAUUUAUCGAUGAAUUGAAAGAUGUCGGGUUUGAUUUAGCCAUACCGGAACCGUUUGCAGUGAUUAUGUGCCCACUAAUCAUACCGAAGUACUUGAAAAUUCCGUUCGUCAGUCUAACGAAUUUGUAUUUCGCUUUUCAAAUUAGAUCACCGGCCCUUCCGACCUACUACUUAAGACAUUUCCAAACGGCAGACGACAAGAGAGAGAUGUCUUUCUUCGUCAGAUUCAAACAGUUGCUAGUGAUAAUCUUCUUCUCAUCUAGACUAUCUCCACUGAAUCGCAACCUCACGCUCCUGCAUAAAUACGCUCCCGAGUUUGCAACGUGGGACGAGUUGUUGAGGGAGUCUCUGCUGUUUUUCUACGAAGUCGAUCAUCAUUUCACCAACUUCUUGCCGGCAUUCCCCAAUCACAUCUCCGUGGCCGGGCUGACUUGUUCGCCCGCCAAGCCACCUCCGGAAAAUAUUUUAAAUUUUAUCAAUAGCAGAAUUGUCAACGGAAAGGACCCAGGAGUUAUCGUAAUGACGUUUGGUUCCUCAGCCGACUACAUGCCAAGAGGGAUCGUCAAGAAAUUUUUUAAUGUAUUCUCACAACUCAAUGAGACCAUCAUCGCCAAGUUUACUAUUAAAAAAACGGAUAAAGAGCUGCUAGCUCUAGUACCACCAAACCUUUUAAUCCUCAACUGGCUGCCCCAGAAUGACCUCCUGGGCCACCCAUCCACCAAACUUUUCAUCACGCACUGCGGCAACAACGGACAGCAUGAAGCUCUCUAUCACGGCGUUCCGAUGUUGGGAUUCCCGCUCUUCGCCGAACAGCACAUGAACGCAAGGAGGAUGACAGUUAAGGGAUUCGGUUUGGGGAUGAACAUUUUAACUUUCACCGAAUCCGACUUAUUACAAAAUAUUUUGGAAAUAGAGCAGAACCCAAAUUACAGAAGCUCAAUUAAACUGGCAUCAAAAGCAUUCCGCGACCAGCCAAUGACAGCCCAGGAAAGAAUUCUCUUCUGGAUUGAGCACGUGAUCAAACAUGGCGGUGCCCAUCUGAGAUCCGGGGCCAUGGAUCUGCCGCUCUAUCAAUUUUUAUGUUUCGAUACUGUGGGAACGCUGCUCUUAAUAGUCAUCGUUAUAAUCGUUGUUACACUCAAACUUUCAGUACAUUGCGUGGAGAAGUUUAUUCGCUGUUAUAAAAUUAGAUUUUGUAAAAAGAAAGAGAAAGAGUUAUAGGUGUACACAUGAAUGACCCAUCAGUCAGAUACAAUGGGUUUGUUUGAAGCAUGAUAGUCUCGUGUGGGGAUAUUGAAUAAUGAUUAAUUUCAUGAAGAAUGAGUUAUUCAAGGAUAGUUCCCAACUGAGGGCUAUGAACGAACAGGAAAGCAAUGAUUAUAUUGACUUUAUUGUUAUUUAUUUUAUUUAUUUAGUAUUAUGAAUACUUAAUUAUUUGUCUUUCUUCUUUAUUUUAAAUUAAAAUAAUAUAAUUUCCUGUGACAUUUUUAACCGAAACGUUUUUCUCCGUAAAACUCUUUGGCUACAGAGAAUAAAAUCGAAAA